GCUUUGGGACCCGGCUUUUCUGAGUUCAGACUCCAGCUGUGCACUUCCUAGCCGUGCGACCUCAGAAAAUUUCCGGAGCCUUUUCUGGAUCUCAGGUUCCCUAUGUGGGCGUAGGAAAGGCUCUCCAGCGAAGCUGGCAUGAGACACAAACGAGGGAUGAAGCGGAAGGCCUUUGCAUUGGCGCUAAACAAUCGCAGCCCCGGGCGCGCGGCACACCUGGGGCCUGGGAGCUGCGCGCUGAGCGCGUCCGCGGGCGGGAGCGUCCGCAGUCACCGAGGCAACCGGGGACGCCUCGCGAUCCGGGCCGCGUGCGGCAGAGCGGAGGAGGCUGCAUGAGGCUGGAAGACUCGGUGGUGGCGACCGCGGGCCCGGCGCCUGAGACGGGCCGCGGCGGGGAGCAGCCUCGGCCGCCCGCGGGGCAGGGGUGCGGGGCGCGAGGGGAGCCCGGCGGCGGCGGCCCGCAGGAUUCCUGCCAACAGCGGAAGAAGUUUUUAUACUGUGAGCCACAUAAGAGAAUUAAGGAAGUACUGGAAGAAGAGCUUUAUAUUAAGAGAGAUGAAUGCCACAUUAAAAAUCCACCUACAGUGGCCCUGGAAGGGAUCUGGAGCAUUAAAAGGAAUCUCCCUGUGGGAGGCUUGAAGCCCGGACAGCCAAGCAGAAACAGUUUACUGCCACAAGCCAAGUACUAUUCGAGGCAUGGAGGGCUGAGAAUUUUCCUGUUCUGUGGCAUGUAACAACAGCAACCAAAAGUUCUCUACCAGUGCUGCUCAAGCUCUAAGGAUAAGAUGAAUAAAUAUUUCCAUUGAGAAGAAACCUCUUACUCCUGUUGUCUGACAAACAGAGAAGAAACCCAAGUUUGUUUCACAGUUUCUAUUUUUAAAGAAAUGUAUAUUAAUCUGUAAUUCCUAUUAUUGGUAUUAAUUCCUAUCUCUAAAUUAACUCAAGGUAAUUAAAGACCUGAAAAGAAUGAGGGAAAAUAUUAUACUUAUUUUUUAGUUGCUCCAGUUGGAAUACAUUGGGCUUCUAAUUCAGCCUAUUUUAUUAAAAUAUGUGAAGCAUAAUGAAACCAAGGCAUUUUAUUGAGUCUUUACUUCAAGGUAAACAUUAUAAAUCAUAAUCCAUCACUAUAGUGUAAUUAUGUUCAGCCAUUAAAAAACAACAAUGGAAAUAAAUACAGGUAUUUGUUUCUGUUAGUGAAUGAAUGACAUAGGUGAAAAGCCUCUGACUGGGAGACAAUCAUUUUAAUGCUCACCUUGAUAGCACUCAUCAUUUCUCUAGAAUUUGUCCAUUAAAUAGUAAGGAGCAAAGAAAUCUAAAAAAGGAUUUUACUAAUGCUGCUGGUUUAAAAAGAGGUUAAAAAGAAGAAAGAAAAAAAAAAGAAGAAAGAAAACAAAACUUUCUUCCUCCCUUCCCCACCAAUUGUUAAAAGUAAUGAAUGCAGUAUAGAAAAAUUAGAAAAUAAAGAAAUAAGAAGGAAAAAAACGCAUCUGUGAUUCAAUUGCAAGAAACAACCACUAACAACGUGUUGGCAUAUUUUCUUUCUUUUUUCCUAUGUACAUUUUAUUAUAAAUGUCUGAAACUGCACUGUAUAUUAUAUUAUUUAUUUUAACAUAUCAUAUAAUUUCCCAUUCAUUAAAGUAUGCCUUUGAAUAAUUACUUUUAAACAUCUUUAUAUGCUUGUACUAAAUUUUUGUACUUCUUUUUUGGGCAUUUGGGUUUUUCCAGUUU